AUGGCAGAGGUCACCAAGGUGGAUGAAGCAGAGAUUGAUCGCCGAGAAUCUUAUGUUCGAGAAAACAAUAGACCUAGAGUUCCUAUUGAUCCAUUUACACAUACUUAUCCUUUUAAAGCUGCCUAUGCAGCUAUUGGAUUAGCUGCUUAUGGAGCUUACCAACAUAAUAGAUUUUUUAGAAAGCCAUGGAAUCAUCAGUUGAUUCCCCGAUUAUUUAUUUUUGCUGCAAUCGGAUUUUGUGGUUACGGUUUAGGGGCUAUUAGGGAACAUCAUUAUAAAACUAGGGAUGCUAUUUUGGAACAUUACCAGCAAUUGCAUUCUGACGAGUUCUUAAAUGUUAAUGAUAGAUAUGGACGGCCUUAUGCUGAUAUUAUUCUUCCAUGGUAUCCAAGACGUGCUCAAUACAGAAGUGUGGAUUAA